AUGGGUCAGCCAGUAAGAGCUUUAAAAAAAUCUUUACGCAAAGAGAUGAGUAACCUUCUUAACCAGAUUCCUCCAGAGAAAAUUGAGGAAGAAAAAAAUAUGGAAAUGGUUAAACUUGAGUCUCUGGAUGAUUAUUUAUCACUUAAACUAAACAAAUGGGUGGCUCUAGCCUUAGAUAGCCAGAUAUUAAAAGAUAAAGAUAUUCCAGUGACUAAUAAUGACCAAAAACCUGAUUUUAUCAUAUCUCCUUACCAGGAUAUUGAUAUUCAAAUAUCAAUAGAUGAAAUGCUUCCAGUAACUGGAGUUGAUCAAAAACCUGACUUAAUUUUAUCACCAA